GCAUUUGAUUGAAAACAACACACACACACAACACUCCCACUCUCUCUCUCUCUCUCUCUCUCUUUGUGAACUCCGCCACCCCUCCGGACCUCCCGAAGCUCCAACCACAUUAACUCUAUAUCUCCCCCAAACCCCUCUCACUCUACACGCACCUUACACAGUUGUUUUAGCUGCUCUCGAAAAUGCAGUCGGCGAUUUCUCUCUCCCUCUCUUCGCCGUCGCCGAUCGCCCGAUCCGGUGUUGCCAACACUAGCAAUGCGUGUUGGCCGAUGCCGCGGUCGCUCCGCUUCUGCGGUCUUCGGAGGGAGGCGUUUGAUUCGGCUGCGUCCUUUGAUGCGUCGUCCUUGCGUUUUGUUCGAUUGAAUUUGCAGCCGAAGCAUUCGAGUUUGAGUAAAGUUUCCGCGGUGUUGAAAGGCAAUGGAGCGCCGUCGUCGAGUGGUUUUGACUACGAUCUCGUGAUUAUUGGAGCUGGAGUUGGAGGCCAUGGCGCGGCGCUUCAUGCCGUUGAGCAGGGUCUGAAAACUGCAAUCAUAGAAGGGGAUGUUGUCGGAGGAACAUGCGUAAAUAGGGGCUGUGUUCCUUCUAAAGCACUUCUUGCUGUCAGUGGUCGCAUGCGAGAGCUUCAAAACGAACACCAUAUGAAGUCUUUCGGUUUACAGGUUGCAGCUGCUGGAUAUGAUAGACAGGGUGUUGCGGAUCAUGCAAACAAUCUGGCCUCAAAGAUCAGGAGCAACUUGACCAAUUCCUUAAAAGCUCUUGGUGUUGAUAUAUUGACAGGUGUUGGUACAAUCUUGGGCCCGCAAAAGUUGAAAUAUGGGAAAGGCGAUUCUGGAGAGAAGAUCAUUACAGCAAAGGACAUAAUAAUUGCUACUGGCUCUGUUCCUUUGGUGCCCAAGGGAAUUGAAGUUGAUGGUAAGACAGUAAUUACCAGUGACCAUGCUCUUAAACUGGAAUUUGUUCCAGACUGGAUAGCCAUUGUUGGAAGUGGUUACAUUGGGCUUGAAUUCAGUGAUGUGUAUACCGCACUUGGAAGUGAGGUUACAUUUAUUGAAGCUUUGGAUCAACUCAUGCCAGGCUUUGAUCCCGAGAUUGGAAAACUAGCUCAGCGAGUUCUCAUCAAUCCUCGCAAGAUUGAUUCUUACACUGGUGUAUUUGCUAGCAAGAUCACUCCAGCAAAGGAUGGAAAACCAGUACAGAUAGAGCUCGUGGAUGCUAAGACAAAGGAGCCAAAGGAUACAUUGGAGGUUGAUGCUGCUCUUAUUGCAACUGGAAGGGCGCCAUUCACUAAAGGACUUGGUUUAGAAAAUAUCAAUGUACAAACGCAACGCGGGUUUGUCCCAGUUGAUGAGCGCAUGAGAGUGAUUGAUGCAAAUGGGAAGUUGGUUCCUCAUUUGUAUUGCAUUGGUGACGCUAAUGGAAAAAUGAUGCUUGCCCAUGCAGCAAGUGCACAAGGAAUCUCUGUUGUUGAGCAAGUUACUGGGAAGGACCAUGUGUUGAAUCAUUUGAGUAUUCCAGCAGCAUGUUUUACUCAUCCUGAGAUCAGUAUGGUUGGAUUGACAGAGCCUCAAGCAAGAGAAAAAGCUCAGAAGGAAGGAUUUGAAGUAAGUGUUGCAAAGACAAGUUUCAAAGCAAACACAAAGGCUCUGGCUGAAAAUGAAGGGGAAGGAAUGGCCAAGUUGAUAUACAGACCUGACAAUGGCGAGAUCCUUGGGGUUCACAUUUUUGGCUUGCAUGCUGCAGAUCUCAUACAUGAAGCAUCUAAUGCGAUAGCCAUGGGAACACGUAUACAGGACAUAAAAUUUGCAGUGCAUGCACAUCCAACCUUGUCCGAAGUCCUAGACGAACUCUUUAAAUCAGCAAAGGUGAAGACGAAAACAUCCUUAAGUCCUGAACCGAAGUCCCUUCUCAUUUUACAAUGGUUAAAGUUAGCUCAUCUAGUGCAGUUGCUGAGCCAGUCCCGGUCUAGGCGUCGUGAAGUAUUGUAAGUUUUUGGACUAUGUCAUUUCAUUCGGCCUCACAGCUUCCCAUUUUCCAGAGAGGAAACACCCAAUGGAAUCUCUUAAUUAGUAAUUGCUGUUUGCUCUCUGUUUACUGAUAUUUAGUCAACAAGUUUGUGUAGCAAGGUGCCGUGUGUUUUAAACUUAUGGACUCGUAUACAAACAUUUUAUUCGACAUUUUUGGUGCUCUAGGAGUCAAUUUUGUCAGCGCCAGCCAUCAGUUUGUUGUAUGAAUUUGUUGAAUCUGAAAUAAAUUGUGAAAGUUUUUAGCAUGAGUUCAAAAUUUCAA